CAGGCAUUCACCAGCCAAUAGACUCUCAACUCCUUCUCAAGGACCACCAAAUCCGCUGCACUUUCGAGCAAGGCGUUUGCUGUCCCCUCGCACUAGCAGCUUGCACGCUUGGAAGCAAUAUGGGGAAAAAGGGCGGCGGCCACGUUGCCGCGCGUGUCCGGCGAGCGCAGGCCAACAAGCGCUCGUCGCACGCUACCUUGGAAGGGGCCAGCGGAGGGGCAGGUGUCAUUAUUAAUGGCACAGCAAAACAUAGUGCUGCUGCUGCAGCUGCUGUUACUACUAAUCACUGCACAUGCUGCUCUCCUGACAUUAGUGGUGGCGACUAUGCCUCCAAUUUGCUCAGGCCAGACGGAGACGUAGGGUCGUCCUCGUACGACCCGCGCACGCGUGUGCCCCGUGUCCUCGCCUCGUUGCAACCUGCAUCGAGCUGGCCUCCGCGCUCGGCGGACCCCGUCGGACCAGAGCUGGUAACUCGCACGCUGUACGUUAUGCGGAGGCUGUACGUCAAGCACCAGGAUCCCGCGCUCGAGGGUGCGCACGAUGAGCUGAGACUAAGCGUUGAGCGAGAGGCCAGUCCUGCAACCUCCGCUGCUGCCGGGAUUGCCGGAUCAAAGGGAAGCGGCGCAGGCGCUGCAGGUGCAAGGGCAGCAAAGAGGAAAGGGAAAGGGAAAGCGACUGCGGACGAUGCCAAGGCCGAUUCGACAGCAGCGGCAACAGCAGCAGCUGCCAAUGCGCUGGCAGCGACGCUCGACGGAACGUCCCCAGACGCAGACCUCAUCUUUGAUGCCUUCAAAAACCGCAAUUUCGACAGCUUCAUGCAGCACCUCACCACCUCGGUCGUGCUCACUCUCCCUCCGCUCUCGUCCACGCUAGGCGAUAUGAACACACCACCAGCCGGCAAAGGCGCCAGCAAGGCAAGCAACAGCAAGCUGGAUCACCUCCCUGCCCGCGAGCGCGCAUCGAUUCAACAAAUGUCCGUUGUUGCACGCAAGUUCUACAGAGCAGAGAUUGAGCCGCUCCUACUCGCCGAGGGCCUGCGCGGUGGCGAGGAUGGGUACGAGUCGUUCUUCUCGAUUGUAUGGGAGGUAUUCGGUCCGCAGGAUGGAGAUGAGUACGAAUCGGAGGCCAUGGCGAUGGUGGGCGAGGACGCUGACAAUCAUCAGCAGCAUGGCAGUGCUGGCGGCAAUGACGCCCGGAGGGUGCGCACCCAUUCAGAGAGGGCAAUUGAAGCUGCGGAGAACACGGUGCUCAAGCGGAUCGAAAGGUUGAAGCGGGACAAGGAGUUGCGCAAGCAACAGGCGCUUGAACAACAAGAGACUGUCAACGGCAAUGGCAAGGUUUCCAGUCCUUCGGCCGCGGGUACUGCCGGUCCAUCCCCCUCGUCCACGUUGGCAUCUGCUGCUUGGAGCCAACAGCUUCACUCAACGUCGUCGUCUUCGUCCUUGUCCACUCCUCACUCGUCUCAACCUUUGACGUCAGCUCUUUCCCCAUUUUCGCCCGCUCUUGCUGUUAUACACUCGGAAAGCCAAGCAACACAGUCAUCCUCGUCCUCAUCUUCUUCCAAAGGCGCUACUCCGCUUGGCCCCGCUGCCGCCGCUCUCGAAGGCGCCAAGGCGCGCAACGAAGAGAAACCCGCCAACCUGGCUGUGACCGUGCAGCAUGCUUCCGAAGUGGUACGGAGGGCGCAAGUUGCCACACCACCAAUGAAAAUUGCAGCCGCAAGUGCAAGCGCAAAAUCGAAUACACCGCAGCAGCCGCCCAGCUGCUCGACAGCCACGACUUCGUCGCCAACAGAUGAUGACGAGUACGAUGACGAAGCGUGGGAAGCAGUGCGUAGCCAUGCCUCUCCUUUGAGCUCGGUGACUUCGCUUUCGCCUUCACACUCCCUCUUGCACGCGAAUUCUCACCCCCAGUCCCGGUCACAGCCGCGAUUGCAGAACCGACAGCGGUCUUCACAUCAGGCGUCUUCUGAUGUCGACGACGAGUCGGACCUUGAUUCGUAUUACGACGAUGAAAAUGAGGAGGAGGACGAAGAAGAUGAGAGCUUCUCGUCAGCUGAGGAUGAGGAAGCUAGAAAUGAAGCCGGAGGAGGGCGCGUGCCGAGCUUGACGGCGACCACCUUUCGAACGGUACUCGAGACGUACAAGGAUCUAAUGCAACUCUAUGUAGCAUUUGAUGCGCCAUUCGACGCAUUCAUCGACGAUUUGUGUGUCGUCGGCUCUGGUGAGCUUACACCAAGGGAAGGCGCCCGCGCCGCAUCCAAGACUGCCGGCAAAAAGAUGGCCCAGAAUGGCCCUACUGGAACGCAGCCGAAGGACGCGGAGGACCGAGCUGCACAGAAGCAAGUGCGGCGCGUGAAUGCGGCUCGAACCUGCAUCGAUGUGCGGUUCGAAGACCUGCUCCCUGCUACCGCCCCCGCGACUUCCAUAUCCCCCGUCGUCCACUUCUUCAUCGCCUACUUGCAAGUGUGCUACCAGCCACUUGUGACGCUGUCCAAGCGCCUACGUCUGCAUCCACCGUUGCUGGAGGAGGACGAGGAUGAGGUGCGGCUGUUAAAGCGUGACUUCCUCGACAUGCUUGACAAGCGCGGCACCGACGGCGCUAUGCGGCGCUUUGAGAGUGUUGUCAGGCAGAAGGGCGGGGAGGAUGGAUGGAAGGUGUAUGAAAAUUAUUGGCUCAGCCAGUGGCUCAAGCGGAGUCAAAGCAAGGAGAACCAGAGGCGGAGGACCGUCAAACACGGUGGCGGCACCGGCAUGCAGGACUCUUCGGGCACCACGCCAAGGGCAGGAGCUGCAGCCGAUGAUGCAUCAGGCGGUACUGCAUCCACGUCUCGCUCGUCGUCAUUCUCGUCUGCCCCCGGCUCCACAUCGCAAUCGGAUGUGCGACGCAAGAUCGCCGCUUCGCGCCGGCAGCAUUCACAGACGAAGGGCGCAGCUGAGCGAAUGGACCCGUGGCGCUCGUCGUCUGGUUUGAUGCGCAGCUUCAAUUGGGCUGCGUCCACGGGCGCCUCGUCGAAUCGCUCGCAGCGCAGCAGCAGUCCUGUCGGGUCGCUGCAGGGAACACACACAUGCACGGACAGCAUCGAUGCCCCACCUGCGCUGGCCGAUGCUGCCAAUUUGUACGAAGUAGACUAAUCAGCAUGCUUUGUUC